GCUUGCUAAUUUCUUUACUUCACGACGUGCCGCGGUAUGGAUAUGUUACGACUGCUCCGAGAAACUCCGAGCGAAGCCACUGCUCGACAAGCUCCCUCCCAGCCAUGUCCUCUUCCCUCACCACUGCAAGCAAAACAUGCUCCUUUAAAGCCUUCAACUGAAAGCCACCCCCAGAUCCACCCCUUCAAGUGGAUCCAUUCAUGCGUCCAAUCUUGUGAAAGCGAGACUUGAACCGAAAGAAAGAGAAGGUUGGUGUGUCGGUAGCACCCACAACCCAUAAGGAAAAAAAAAAAAGAAUUGAAGGAUCUAUCAUCACCAUUUCCAUCUUAAUUUCCCCUCCAAAUUCAAUUCAAUUCAAAUCAAAUUCCGAUUCCAUUUCCAUUUGAAAUUCCAUUCAAUUGUUCAACAAUAGAAAGCAGAAUGCUGGUCCAAACCCGUUCUCACCCCAAACCCCCAGAUCCCUCCACCAACCACCACAACGGCGAGCAUCGCCGUUUCGCCCCCCAUCCCGCCAAGAAUCUUGACUUCUCCACCUGGUUCUCAGAUAAUCUCUACAAGAUCCUGGCCGUUUUCCUCCUCCUCGCCACUGUCGCCGCCCUCUUCUUCCUCCGGAGCGCCGGCGACACCGCCGCCCUCCUCUGCUUCGAAAAGACCCGCGCCGCCGCCGCCGCCGCCGCCUCCGCCUCCUCCCGCAUCGCCUACCCCCAGAUCUCCUGGAACUCCAUCCCUCCCAUCCCCACCCUUGGCCCCUUCGCCGCCUUCCGCUCCGACCGCUGGAUCGUCGUCUCCGUCUCCUCCCCUCCCUCCGACGCCCUUCGCGCCCUCGCACGCGUCAAGGGCUGGCAGCUCCUUGCCGUCGGUAACUCCCACACCCCCGCCGAUUGGUCCCUCAAGGGCGCCGUCUUCCUCUCCCUCGAGCAGCAGGCACAGCUUGGCUUCCGCACCGUCGAUUUCCUCCCGUACAAUUCCCAUCUCCGCAAGUCCGUUGGGUAUCUCUUCGCCAUCCAGCACGGCGCCAAGCUCAUCUUCGACGCCGACGACCGCGCCGAGGUCGUCGGCGCCGACCUCGGCAAGCAUUUCGACCUCGAUCUCGCCGGCGAGGCCCAUGCGACCAAGCACCCGGUCCUCCUCCAGUACAGCCAUGCCGACCCCAACAGGAUGGUGGUCAAUCCGUACGUGCACUUUGGGCAGCGCUCGGUGUGGCCGAGGGGGCUGCCGCUGGAGAACGUCGGCGAGGUCGGGCAUGAGGAGUUCUACACCGAGGUGUUCAGCGGCCGGCAGUUCAUCCAGCAGGGGCUCUCCAAUGGCCUGCCGGAUGUGGACUCGGUGUUCUACUUCACUCGCAAGUCGUUGAAUUUGGAGGCAUUCGACAUCCGGUUUGAUGAGGAGGCUCCCAAGGUUGCGCUGCCGCAGGGCAUGAUGGUGCCCGUCAACUCCUUCAACACCUUGUUCCACACGCAGGCAUUCUGGGGACUGAUGCUGCCGGUGUCGGUGAGCUCGAUGGCUUCGGAUGUGCUGAGAGGAUACUGGGCGCAGCGGAUCCUGUGGGAGAUUGGGGGUUAUGUGGCAAUUUAUCCUCCGACCAUCCACCGGGUGGACAGGGCGCAGGCAUACCCUUUUUCAGAAGAAAAGGACCUCCAUGUGAAUGUCGGCCGCCUUAUCAAGUUCUUGGUUCGAUGGAGAUCGAAGAAGCAGACACUUUUUGAGAGGAUCCUGCAUCUGAGUUAUGCGAUGGCUGAGGAGGGAUUCUGGAUGGAGAAGGAUGUGAAGUUCACCGCCGCUUGGCUGCAGGACUUGCUUGCUGUUGGAUACCAGCAGCCGAGGUUGAUGUCGUUGGAAUUGGACCGGCCGAGAGCGACUAUUGGGCAUGGAGAUAGGAGGGAGUUCAUCCCCAGGAAGCUACCAUCUGUGCAUCUUGGUGUGGAGGAAUCUGGGACUGUGAGCUAUGAGAUCGGGAACAUUAUACGGUGGAGGAAGAACUUUGGGAAUGUUGUGCUUAUUAUGUACUGCAGUGCACCUGUGGACCGCACGGCCCUGGAAUGGAGGCUGCUCUAUGGUCGGAUAUUUAAAACUGUGAUCAUUCUAUCAGAACAUAACAAUACUGAUCUAGCUGUGGAGAAAGGCCAGUUAGAGCAAGCAUACAAGUACUUGCCAAAGGUGUUUGACCAAUAUAAGGGAGCAGAAGGAUUUCUAUUUGUUCAGGAUAAUAUGAUUCUUAAUUAUUGGAAUCUCCUGCAAGCGGACAAGACAAAGCUGUGGAUAACCAACAAGGUCCCUCAUUCUUGGGUUUCUAUUGCCCUUGAUGGCAAUGGUGAUCAAUGGUUUAAAGAUCAAGGAGAAAUGGUGAAGAAGGUCGUCAGCAAUUUUCCUGUACAUUUCCAGGUCAGUUACAAAGAAAGCAUGAGCGAAGAGAGGCUCAUCAUCUGCAGCAGUGAGAUAUUCUAUGUUCCUCAAAGAUUUGGGGGUGAUUUCAUCGAUCUUGUGGGACUUGUUGGAGAUUUAGCUAUUCAUCACAAGAUUGCGGUGCCAAUGUUUUUCCUGGCAAUGGAUUCUCCACGAAAUUUCGACUCUGAUGUUCUUGCCAAAAUGGUUUAUAAGCCGAACCUGUCAUCUAAUGAGUCAUUCUUCAGUUAUUAUACAGCUCAAGCACCUGCUGUCUAUCCGUUGGAGGUGCACACUGAGUCUGAUUUCAUAAAGCUAAUACGAAUCAUGGCUGCAGGAGAUCCUCUGCUGAUGGAGCUGGUAUGAUCUAUAAGAAAAAUUAUUGAAGUGCAUACACUUACGAUGGGGAUGGGAAAACAACAUUUUUGUUUGUUCCAUCAGAGUUUCUGCUUUACAAAGCAGGAGGAUGUUGGAAUUUCAUUUCUUUUAUUUUAGUCAUUCUCUUUUUACCUUUUUUUUUUCAAUUUAUGUGCAAUAUUCAAAUGAAGUUAGACAGAUUCUCCUUAAUUUUUAUGUUGUAAUUUUCCAUAUCUAACACUAAAAUGAGAAGUUAGUGAGACAUGCUUUUGGUGAGGGGAAUCAUGUUGUAUUCUUGUUAAAAUCAGAAAAGAAUCAUUGUUCACAGGACUGGAGAGCUAGAAAAUUACCUGCAGAAUCAUAAUAUCGUGACCAGCAGCGGUGUUGUAACUCCAUAUCCUGUGUGCUGCGUUAGCAGCAUGGUGACAGUGAGCUGUGCCUCCACAUUGCACUGCAAAAACACGGUAUUAUGUUCUUAGGUAAAACCAUAGGGUUUGUUUGACUGCAAGGUGGUGUAAUGCUGGAAAUAAGACAUUUCUUUUAACAUGGAAGUGGACCAUUUCCUUGUGUUCUU